AAUGGCGGCUCGCUGCAUGUGAAGGAGACAACACCGGAGCCGGCUUUAUGAUAUGAGAACAUGUAUAAGACGCCAUGUAGCAGACUGUCAGGUUUGGUUGGUGUAAGCGUGAAACAGCAAUUAGUCAAAAAUGUUCCCGUAUGUACUCGGACUGCUCGCAGCCUUAUUCAGCUCCACAGAAGAGAUCCAUCAAACUGGCUGACAUACCAGCACCUCAAUUUCCUGAAACGCCAGUAUGUUACAAAGAACAACAGUGAGCUUCACCAACGUGCCAUCCCAAAACAGGCCCCUGCCCUGACCAUUGUGGAUGAUAGAGAUGACAGCAUUGAAAGACAGGUGCAGAGAAUAUCAACCAUUGAUCCUGUGGUCACCGAUACCGUUUCACAGCCAGAAGACGUUGUCACCAGUAAAGCACAGCCUGAAAUCACCAUCUUAAAGCCCAAUACAGAAGAUGCAACAGUACAGCAAGAUUCUGUGUCUAGUACGGUCGGGACUUCAGAUGAGACUCCCCAUGUCCACGUGGAGACGGACGAGGCCAGGGAGGCUCGUCUAGACAGACAAUGGAAACAGCUGAAGGUUGAUGUGGCUGACUUGCCAGAUGUCUAUGCUAGGCUUGCCAAAAUCAAACUCACAGCACUGGUGGUUAUAAGUGGAGCAGCCGGCUUUGCAAUGGCUCCAGUGCCCUUUGACCCCAUCAUGUUCUUCGUGUCUUCUCUGGGAACCGGCCUUGCCUCUUGUGCUGCCAAUUCAAUCAACCAGUACUUUGAGGUGCCCUUCGACUCCAACAUGAACCGUACAAAGAACCGCCCACUCGUCAGAGGACAAAUCAGCCCCCUCCAUGCCGUGUCCUUCGCUCUGGCAUGUGGAAUUCCCGGAGUCGCCCUGCUCACGCUGGCGGUUAACCCCCUCACGGGCUUCCUGGGUGCUCUCAACAUCUUUCUCUACACCUGCUGCUACACACCGCUCAAGAGGCUCAGCAUCACCAACACCUGGGUGGGAGCAGUGGUGGGUGCCAUACCUCCCGUCAUGGGCUGGACGGCUGCUACGGGCUCUCUGGAUCUAGGUGCUUUGUUGAUGGGUGGUUUCCUGUUCAGCUGGCAGUUUCCUCACUUCAACGCCCUCAGCUGGAACUUGAGGGAAGACUACUCCCGCGGCGGCUACCGCAUGAUGUCCGUCACCCACCCCGGCAUGUGCAAGCGGGUGGCCCUGCGGCACAGCGUGGGGCUCAUCGGCCUGUCCACCCUGGCGCCCGUGCUGGAUGUCACCGCCUGGACCUUCCCCGUCGUCUCCCUGCCCAUCAACCUGUACAUCAGCUACCUGGCCUUCCAGUUCUACCGCAAGGGAGACCGCAGCAGCGCCCGCAAGCUCUUCUUCUGCAGCCUGUGGCACCUGCCCAUGCUGCUGCUGCUGGCGCUCCUUUGCAAGAAGCGCAGGAAUCAGGAGGAACCGACUCUACCUCCAGCUUCUUUACCACUCACACUGCAGAGCUAGCUAUAAAUGCCUCUGAGACCUUUAUUUUUAAACUGAGACACUCUCUGUGUCUCCUUUAACCACUUGUUGUGCUUGGAAGGGUCAGGAUGAUGGACACAUUAUGUUAUCUGUGUGUUUAAUAGAAGGCAGCGGAGCUCAAUGAGCUGGAAAUGAUUUGGAUCAAAGUAGCUGAUUUACAGAAAACACAGUGAAUUAUUACAUCAGGUUGUAAUCAUUUCAGCGUGUGUGCACUGUAUAUAUAUAUUCUGUAUUUAUUUAUAUAGGGGCCCACCGGUUUCUCUCCAUGUUGUACAUGACUGAUGGUGAAUAUAUUGUACAGUAAAUGCUCCUAUGGAUCCACACGGGGAUCAGUCUGCAGAUUACUUAUUGCAUUGUACAAAUGCAAAAUAGAAGAAGAGAAUUUGUAUGGACGUGAAGCCAUCAUGUAAUCACAAGAUUUAUGUUUGAUUUUCAGUCAGUGUAUAAAAAUAGGACAGCUAUAAUCUCUCUGAAGCAGCUACGACUCUUCAGUGUUUGACUUCUACCUGAUCCCUGUUACUUGACACUUUGUAAGCCUCGUGGUUAUUUUGCUGCUCAGCAAACACACUGAUGGGUCUUUACUCAUUUUCAUAUAAUGGUUCAAUUCAACACGGUUCGCCCGGCACCAAAACAAAGGGAAUAGCUUACCCCUGUAUGAAACACAAGGGCAAAUAUUCUCUAACAAUAAACGCGUCAUGAUUGUAAUUCUGUCUUUUGUGUCAUCAUUUGCUGUUUCCACUUAAAACCCCAUUUAAAGGUUGUAAAUUAUGCAUGAAUGACUGUGUACCUGAAGUAAAAGGCUGCAUACACAUAGCACUACACCGCCUCGUUAGGUGGUGCUGACUCCACAUAAUAUAUGGAUUUAAGUUUCAAUUAUAGCCUUAGUGGAUAUGCUUUAAGGACAAAUCACCGACCCUCCAAUAAGCUCUAUUUAACAGGCCACCUCUGCACCUGUCAGUCAACAUGUGCUCCCCUUCCGCCCUUUACCCCUAGUUUUGGUAUUUGGUUACAAUUCCAUCACCGCACUCGGACAAAACAAGCGUCCCCUUCCCCUUACGGCCGCCCUCCAUCCAUAAAAGGGGGGACUGUGGGAUUUAGCCAAGGCCGGGAGACCUGAAACGGCUCGACGUCCUCGUAAAGUGUCUGACCGGAUACAGAGUUUCAUAUCA